AUGGACCCAAAUAUCUCGGCAUCCGCUCUGGGUGAGCCACAACACCUCGGCAUCGGCUUCUACCUCCUCCCCUUCGCCACGUUCCUCUGCUUCCUCGUCCCGGUCCUCUACAUCUUCCCCCCGAUCCCGGCCACCACCAGCGACGCCCUGCGGUCAACGCACACCAAGAUUGGCGUCCCGCCGCCAAAGAGCAACCUCCGGGGCCAGCACUCCGUCAAGGCCGACAACAACAGCAACAACAGCAACAGCAACACCGCCUCCAACACCGCUUCCAACACCGCCUCCAAUGCCGGCACCGGCGCAAGCGGCCCCGUCGCCCAGCUCAAGGCGCUCUGCGUCUACCCCAUCAAAUCAUGCCGCGGCAUCGAGGUGACCCGGAGCAAGCUCCUGCCCACCGGCCUGGAAUUCGACAGGCUGUACACUUUCGCACAGCUCAAAUCCCGCUUUCCGGCCGCCGUAGACGACUCGGCCGAGGCAAAGGACCAACACACCUGGGAAUUCGUCACGCAGCGCCAGUUCCCCCUCCUGGCCACAGUCAAAGUCGACGUCUACGUCCCCGACGCGACAAAGUCCACAGUCUUUAUGGAGAAGUCCUCGGACGCGUGGAUCGUGAUGCGUUUCCCUUGGAGGGAACCGGGGUGGAGGGGCACCAUGUCGUGGGUGGCGUCCAAGAUCCGGGGCGGGUGGAGGCGGGGCCAGCCCGAGAUGGAGGUGUUGUUGCCCGUCGAGUUCCCGACCGAGGCGGAGAUUGCGGAGCGCGGGUAUACGCGCGAGGACGUGAAGGUGUGGAAGGAGGUUGUGCCGGCGCUGAAUAUGGAAAAGGAGUUGCCGGGGGAGCUGUGUCGGUAUUUGGGGGUGAGUAAUAAGUUGGCGCUGUUUCGGGUUGAUCCGGGGCAGUUGAGGGAGGUGUAUCGGUGUGCGCCGCGGAAGGAGGAGGCUGGGUAUCAACCUAUUGUUGGAUUUCAGGAUGCUUAUCCCCUGCAUAUCAUGAACAUUAGCAGUCUCCAGGACUUUGACACCAAGGUGCCCAAGGACGACGAGCUCAAGCAUUUCGACGUCAGGCGGUUCCGGUCCAACAUCAUUGUCUCUGGUGCGCCAGCCUACGACGAAGAAUCAUGGAAAUGGGUAAACUUCACCCAGGGCACCUCAAAGGUCACCGUCCCGGCAAAGUUCCAAGUCUCGUGCCGUACAGUCCGCUGCAAAAUGCCAAACGUCGACCCAGUCACCGGCGCCCGCCACACCGUCGAACCAGACAGAUCCCUCCGCAAACUCCGCGACGUCGACGAGGGCGCCCCGCGCAUGGGGUGCCUCGGCAUGCAAAUGUGCCCGCUCUUCGAGGGCACCGACCGCGUCGAGUACAUGCAGGCCUGGCUCGAGGUCGGCAUGGACGUCUCUGUGCUGGAGCGCGGCGAGCACGUCUACAUCAAGCAGUGA